UGUCAACUUCCCCAAAUUCCAUCCAUAUAAACCGGCACUGCCUUUGUUAAAAGUAGCCCACUAGUCAAAAGAGACACUGGAAGCUAACUGAACUUUAAGAGAUGAAGAUGCUGGGGUCACUGUGUGCUUUGCUGUUGCUGGGGACCAGCCUCAGCCUGCCUCUGGAUCUCAGCGGACGAUGGGAGGAGUGGAAGAUGAUGCAAAACAGGCGCUACACUGGACAGGAGGAGGAGACGUGGCGCAGGGCCGUCUGGGAGAAGAACUACAGACAGGUGGAGGCCCACAACAGAGAGGCGGACCAAGGCCUGCACACGUACUGGCAGGGCAUGAACCAGUUUAGUGAUUGGACGUCCGAGGAGUGGGCCAUGUUCGUGAGCGGGAUCCCCCCUCAGGUGACGAGGAACUCCACUAACGUCAUGUCAUUCGAUGAGGCUGACGUGCAAAGGCUGCCCAAGUUUGUGGACUACCGCAAGAAGGGCAUGGUCACCCCUGUCAAGAACCAGGGUCCGUGCGGCUCAUGCUGGGCCUUCAGCUCAGCCGGGGCUCUGGAGGGUCAGCUGGCCAAGCAGACGGGUCAGCUGGUGGACCUGAGCCCGCAGAACCUGGUGGACUGUGUGACGGAGAACAGCGGCUGUGGAGGAGGCUACAUGACCAACGCCUUCAGAUACGUGGAGCAGAACGGAGGCAUCGACUCGGACAUGGCCUACCCCUACGUCGGAGAGGAUCAGCCAUGUCGCUACAACUCCAGCGGUAUGGCGGCCCAGUGCAAAGGCUACAAGGAGAUCCCGGUGGGGAACGAGCACGCGUUGGCUAUGGCCCUGUGGAAAGUGGGGCCUGUGUCUGUGGGCAUCGACGCUACACUCAGCUCCUUUCAGUUCUAUCAGAAAGGUGUCUACUACGACCCCAGUUGUAACAAAGACGACAUCAAUCACGCCGUGCUGGCAGUGGGCUUUGGAGUGACCGUCAAAGGCAAGAAGUACUGGAUCGUCAAGAACAGCUGGGGAGAGGAAUGGGGCAACAAAGGAUACAUCCUGAUGGCACGUAACCGCGACAACCUGUGUGGUAUAGCCAACCUGGCCAGUUACCCCGUCAUGUGAACGCUCAUCCAACACUGAUACAGCAGCAAGGCUCCAGUGAAUGAACUGUACAAGUGAAAAAUCUGCAGUGUCCCAAAGCACCAGGAGAAACUGUGUUUGUAAAAGCAGAUGUCAUGAAAAUGUCGGAAAUGAAUGUCAAAUAAGUUGUUUUUUUUAAUCAGACAUGGAUUUAAUAUGAUUAUGCAGAGAUACACAAAUCUACUUUUAGAUAAGUUCAAUUUGAUCAGAAAUUUGUACCUGGAAGAUGAAAAAAGAAACAGCAUCUUACAAUAGGCCUACUUCUAAUUUUCUUUUCUUUAGUUAAAAUAUUGAAAUGAAUUCAAAAGAUUAAAUUCAUUGUGAUAGUGAAGAGUGUUGCUGGGCAAUGACUCGAUCUCUAUCCUGCCCAUCUGAAUAUCUCCUUUGAUACUUGAUAUUUUAUGGUGACUGUGUUUUUAUGAAUUUUAAUAAAAGUUUUGUUUUGAACCAA